AUGGGCCUAGGCGCUCGUCCUUGGUGUGUCAUCAGUGCUGACACCUUUCUUCCUCUCUCUUCACAGGUCAAAGAUGACAGUGACAACGACUCUGGUUAUUGCUCCGUCACGCAGACGACGAAACGCGAAGAGUCUCUGGUGAUCCCCGUGAUCAAAGUGACACCGCUGACGAGCGACGAGAUGCGCGUGCAAAACUCGUGUGUCCGGACAUUGCAUGAUCUACGCAUUGCCAAUCUCAUCCCAUACAACUCGUCGUCAUCAUUGGACCCCAGUCCAUAUUCGGCCGCACCGACGGCGAAUGAUACACAGAGUGUGACCAAAGAACGACAGAGGGAGAGGAAUUUCCCACAAAAGACGCUCUACAUCCCACAGGAAUCACACACAAAGCGUCUCAAGGAUACCUGGGAGAAUCGGUGCAUCUGGCCAUUCCUCUUUGAAGCGCCCUACACCACCACUCCCUAUCUCGUCCCCUCUUCCUCUCAGGGUGUCUACGCAUCGAAACGGGCCAACCUGUCGAGCACCAGCCUAGACCGCUACGGACGACGCAAGAGUCUCGGCCUCCCACUCGGUGUCGAAGUGCACCCAGCAAUGAUGAUGGGAGGCACCAUGAGACCGAGGGGAUGGAGUGUAGACGGGAAGAAGACUGUCAAUGGGACUUCGCUCUCGAUGGCAAAGAGGCGAAUGUCCGUCGACAGUUUUGCCUCUUCGACCUCGACGGUGGAUCGAGCGAGUUGGAGUGGGAGCUCGAGAGCGUCUUCGCCCACCUCCGCCUCGAGCUCGAGCGACGAGUUGCCCUCGAAGAACCAACAUCGCCUUUCCCUAGGGGACGUGUCAAAGAUUCAGAACCGCACGCUCGGAGAUGCGUCCAACCUUCAGAACCGUACGCUCGGAGACGCAUCCAAACUCAAGAACCGCACCCUCUCCGUUGAUGCGAAUGGGAUCCCGACCUGGCGCUCUACUUCCCCUUAUAUUUACGCUUCCUCGACCUCGUCCAGACGCGACUCGAAUAGCUCGUUGAGCAGCAUGUCCACCACGGACCACCACUCGCUCUCCUCCACUCGGUACACAACCUCGGCACGCGUAGGAGACGAAAAUACUCGCCAACCGGUUGGAGGAGGGAGGAGACUUGUUCGUGGUGGUGCAGUCAAGAGACCUUAUUCCAUGGUCUCAACUCCCACGACAGGAUCUUUGCCCGUAUUGCCCACAUCCUCUUCCUUUGGAUCCCGCACGAGCUCUACAACGUCCCUUGCGUCCGUCACGACCUCUACCCACGACGCGCCUUUGACUCGGAAGAAUGUAGCGACUGGGAAUGCCAAGCAGUCGAACAAUUCCCCCUCUUCAACGACAAUGACCACGAGUGGAUCAAGUGCGGGCGUUGGCAAGCGGUUCAAGAGUAUUAGCACGGACCAACUCGUCGCGUCCAAUACCUCGACCAGUGACGGGGAGAAUAAACCGCCGGUACGAAGAAGUGGAUUCGGACGGUUGAGAAACUUUGUCGGCGGGUUAUACUCGACUGCGCCAAGUUCGUUCCGGUUAUAA